AUGAGGAAAAGAAAGAGUUUCCAGGGUACAUAUGAUGAUGCAAUCACGAAAGAACCGUUGGGAGCAUCGUCUAUCACUCAGCCAUUGCCUGAUAAACAAACAUUAGAGCUCAUUAUCGUCACGCUGCAAAGGAAUGAUAUAUAUGAGAUAUUUGCUGAACCAGUUGACCUGAAGAGGGAACGCGAUGCAUUUCAACUUUCGGGUACUAUUUUCUUCAGACAGGCUCAUGGAAUAGAUAAACUACCCAAGAGAGUUUUCCAUGUCCUAAGAACAAAUCCAGAAAACUUUGAGUCGGAAUUCUCAGGAAGUAGGCGUAGAUCUUGCAGGAGAUCGCAGGAUGAAAUUCACGAGUUCAACAGCAAUUUUUCCUCAAAAGCUUCUGAAAAGACGAGUAUUUCGUCUAAUUGUCUAAGUCGGAUCUCAUUCAAUAAACAAAGCUCAAGCUUGAACCCGAGCUUCAUACUUCAAGCUUAA